AUGCAGAAGCGGAUGUUACGUUAUUUGAUUUAUUGCCAUAUCAAACGUGAGCCAAAUGAAUCAACUGGAAGAGAGGUUGGUGCGUCAUAUACUAAUACAACUACUCGCAUUUCUACGGACAAAAAGUUUGAUUCCAAGACUUUAAUUGAAUAUCACAAUGACGUGACUUUGGAAAUUAAGGAAGAAAUCAUCCAAGAUCCCAAAAGAAUUUUAGUCCAGAAAAGUAAUAAGACAUCAAAAUCGAUUCAUAAUUGCGAUAAAUGUUCGCGAAGUUACAAUUGGAUGACUAAUUUAAAUCGACAUAAACGUUUACAUCACAUGGCUGUCAAUCCGAAGUUUACUUGCGAUUGUUGUGGCUAUGAAACAAAUCGGCAAAAUAACUUGAUAAAGCACAUUAAUUCUUCCCACUCACAUAAAACGAGAACGAGGCAUAAAUGUGACAAGUGUUCUCGAAGUUACAGAUACUCGAAUACCUUAAAUCGUCACAAACGUUUAGAACAUGCAACGACCAGACCACAAUUUACUUGCGAUUUUUGCGGAUAUCAAACAAAUGUGAAAUAUAGCUUGGCAAAACACAUUACUUCACGCCACUCACAGACAUUGAAAUCGAGGCAUAAAUGCGACAAAUGUUCGCGAAGUUACGCUUGGUUAAGUCAUUUGAAUAGACAUAAACGAGUAGAACAUGUUGCAAGCAAACCAAAAUCUACUUUACUACAAAACUAAACGCAAAUACUGCAAAUAUUUCUAUUAUUACACGCAUACGACACUUCAAUCUUUAGUAUAUUUCCCAUACAGUUUGAAAACAUUCUUUUGUGCAUUCCAUUAAAUGCUUGAUAUCUCUAAUUACUUUUUGUGAAAUGCACUACAUAAUACUAGACUGCACUUUUUAAAGUGGCGAAAAGGUUUUUUGCUCUGCAUCUAAAUAAAUAUAAAUUACUUUUUAUGGGUUUUGGAUUUGUUAUCAUAUGUUUUUCGUAUUUGAAGAAAUAAAGUUAUGGGAAACUCUUAACAACCAUUUUUUUAUUACUGGCUGGUGUUAACUAUUAGGAAUUUAAUGUUGUGUCUGUUAAAUUUGUUUGAUGAAAUU